GAGGGUGACAAUUGUGGCGGGACGCGCGGCCCUCACGGCCACCGUAGCGACCGCCGUUAGCAGCGGGGCGGGGGGAAAUUUAAACGGCGGCGGAGCGCUACAGGCGGCUUCUCUCCGGUAUGGCGGUUCCUGCCGGGCCUCUCCGCGGGAGGACCUUCUUCCUGGAUGUGCCCAGCGGGUGGGCGGCGAGGGAGCUGGCGGAGGUCAUCCGGCAUCUGGGCGGGGAGACUGAGAGCUUCCUAAGCAAAGAAGUCAGCUACGUGGUGUCCAGCAAAAAGGAAGCCAAGCGAAGCAGAGCCAGGGCUCGGGCUGAGAAGAGGAGCAGUGUGACCUCAGAGGGUGCAAAAGCCCAGAGCUCAACACCUUCCUCCUCCAAAGAGAACCACACCAGACCUCAGCAGAAGCCACCAGACACUGCCCUGAUCAGCAGGGGAAGGGAGCUGCUGCAGAAGGCCAUGAAGAAUCAGGACACCUGCAGUGGCAGCAGCAUCCUCGCCAACGCUCGCUUGUGGGGAGUCCAGAUUGUGCAUGUGGAUGAAAUGUUGUCGUAUGCUCAGCAGCUGCUGCGUGCUGCCUCGGGAGCACGGAAGCAGAGGACAGAGGCACAGAGCCCCGUGUCUGGACAAAGAGCUCACAAAGGAAAACUGAAGCCCCCUUUUUUGAAGGUUGAGGACCAGAGCAGGCAAUUCCGGCCCUUCCACCACCAGUUUAAGAGCUUUCCUGGCCUCAACCUCCUGGCACCCAAGGGCUGCAGCCCCUUCGAGCCUCCGAAGAACCUCCCCAAUUCCUGCGGGGCCAGGGCCGUGGAGGGCUGCACAGAGCACAGCAAGGGGGAGAAGAGCCCCCAGUCCACAGCAGUGCCAAAAAAGAAAAGGGGAUUUUGUGAGUGCUGCCAGGAGACGUUCGAAGAGCUGCAGAAGCACCUGCAGAGCCCGCAGCACAGAUGCUUUGCCCUGGAUGACUCCCGUUACGCCUUGGUGGAUCACGUCAUCGCGCAGCUCGCCAGCAGCAUCACAGGGCAGCUGCCCAGGGUGCCGCUGCCCUGCCUGACAGAUGAACACUUAAUGCCUCGAGCUCAAUGUGCUGCAGGAGCUGAGGUGCUGACAGCGGUGCUGGGGGAGGAGAGGCAGCAGCGUGAGCAGGCUGUGGGGCUGCUGAGUGCUGAUCCCAGCACCAAGGGGUGCUCCUCCGUCGGUGAUCCCACAGAAACAGAGGGACUGAGUGGAAGCCGCCCUUCUGGACUGUCUGCUGAAUUCAGGAAGCGCCCGCUGGGCCCUGCUCAGCCCGCCCCCCUGGGGAAGAAGCCUCGAGUGGAGCUGAGGGCCGACCCCACUGGGUGCCCUGUGUUCCUGCAAACCCCUCAGCACAACAGCACAACGGCUCCCCUUGACUUUGAGAUGAGUUCUGAGCCAGGCUGCGUUGUCCCACUGCUCUCCACGCUGCCCCAGGACGGCAGGAUCUGCUCUGUGGGCAGGGAUCUGCUCCAAAGGGGGGACGCCCGCGUGCGGGGCAGUGGGUGCGACUCGCAGCUCUGCCUGGUGCUGCAGCGGAACUCGGAGUCGGACAGGAGCUGCAGAAACUGCUGUGCAGGGAGCAGAGCUGCCUUUCCCCCAAUUUCAGACCUUUUAUGGCAGCUGGACUGA